AAUUAGUGCGGCGGUGCAGCGGCGACGUCAACUGCUGAGCAGCGUUGAAAGUUUGCGCGGUCGUGUUCGUCAAGUGCUAAAAUGUGUUAUUAACCUGCAUAUUGAGUUUUUGGUAAUGGAACAGACGAAAAAGUCCCCCUCCCCGCCCUUCGAUUCUGUACCCACUAUCCAAAUCGUUUUUACCACACAAGUGGCCACUGAGUGACACUUGUUUGCAUUUGUUGUUGACCGAAAAAGCUUCUCUCAUCCGCAUUGACAAGCGGCUAUGUCUGCUACAUAUUCAACCCCCUCGGUCAAUAUACUUUCCCCCUUAUCGGGGCUUUGUGCCACUUCUGUUAUCUCUCCAUCGCUUACGAAAUGUUAUCACUGGUUUCACAAACACUUUUUGUAAGUGUCAGUCUUAACUCUAAAAAUAGGCAUUCAGUUAUAAAGAUAUAAAGUUUAUUGUAAAAGGUGACCCUCAAAUAUUUAAGAUCUAAUAUUAUUAUAAUAUGACUUUUAUAUAAAAGUCAUAAGAGGUGAUUAUUGAUUGUGCCCCAAACUAUCUCUGUAUGUUUACAUUGAAAACCCAAUUUUAAGUCUAUGUUGAAAGUAAACUAUUAUUUAUUAUUAACAACCGACUGUUAAAAUUUAUCUUUUGAAUUACUGCGUUGACGAAUAUGUAAAAGUUUUCCGCACUUUCAAUCGGCUGUAUCAAUUAACCCUUUUUAACCUUAGCGUAUUUCCUUCAGCCAACUUUUUUAUCGUUAUUUUCAUUCCCAUUUCACCUGUUAUCACCUGUUGUUUAACAUUUUGCGCCCGGCAACUCUGUUAAUAGCUACUGCAGCGAUUUGGAACAUGUUAAUGCAAUUAUAGCCAGUUAUUGGGAACGAAAUGUUAGAAUGUUGUGCUGGUCAAGGGGUUGGUGGUACGGGGAGGGGGAUAGGGCUUGCAGUGAUUACUUGCACUGCUAAUUAGACAAUGUCGGUUCGGUGAUUGGCGAACGAACGGGUUGGCAAUGUAAAGCACAGGCAUGGGUAAAUAAAUAUGAACCAAUGAACCAUUUAAAAUGAAGAUUGUGUUUUACAAAACUAAAAGGUGCUUGAAUCCGAUGUAGCGGCCCUGUUAGAGGAGGUGCGGGAAUUCAACGACGACCACGAGGAGAUGUUGCGGCUGGACAGGAUUAUCGAAACUCUAAGGGACUACAGUGGACCCACGAUAUGCCACGAGUGGCCCUAUCCCCUCAUCUUCAAAGGCACAAUCGACGAGGCACACGUCGCACAAAUACUCAAUGCCACUGAGCUGGAGCUGGAGGAGGAGUUGGUGAAGGUAUCCGGCGAGAGGAACUGCAUCCAACUGGAAUCCGACAUGGUCACACCUCAAAGGAGGUCGAGAAUGCUGUGGUUCUCCAGGCGGAGCAGCAGAAAACGAGCUGAGCACUUCAAGGAACUCCAGUCAGCUAUUUGAAUGACUCUCUGAGCGUAAAACUAGUCCGAAAUAAAUGUGAACAAAACAAUAUAAACGAAAGUACCCGAAUGUAAUCUGCCAAUUUCGAACACACUUUAAGCUUAAAUCCUUCAAAUUAUAUAUAUGAAGUUGAAAUCCAUCUUAACCAAUUUCUGACAAAAAAUAUAAGCUAAAAAUAACAAUUUGCCUUAAAGUUUUUAUUAAUAAUACAUAUUUUUUAAAUAUGUCUUGAUUUGAAGUAUAAAAAACUCCACAAAAAUAAUCCAAUGUUUAAAAAAGACUGCGCAGUUUUUAAAUAACUUAAAUAGUCGUAUUUUGUUCAAAGUUUUUCUCAAGCAUUUAUGUUUAAGAUUUUACUGAUUGUCAAGAUUCUUUAUAAAAAUAGCAUACAACUUGCCUUAUCUACAAAUAAAUUAAAUUCAAUGUCUUACUAAGAAUUAAAAUAUUUGUGUGUUAUGUGUUACACUAGUCGAUCAUUAAACCUUGCUGAUAA